GUGUGUGUGUGUGACGUUAGUGAGUGUAUGUGAAUUGGCUCGAAAAUUAAUAAAUUAGUAGUGAUCGCUGGCUAGAUUUUCACAUAAUAUAAUAUAUACGCCUUUCUAUCUCAACAAGUCAAUUAGGCCGCGACACCCUCGAGGACUGACACCAAAGCCAAGUGCGAAAAAAAACGAAGGAAAGCCACGCACCGCGCAGGAAAGCGUGCUUGCCACCAAUUAGCUUGCCACCAACCAGAGUCACGUGAGACAAUGAGGGAGUGAGAGUGACUGAGGGACAGAGACAGAACCAUGUCGCUGCGGAGCAACAAGUUGCAGAGCCAGCAGUCGACGGCCAGCACCAACAGCACCAGCAGCAGCAACAGCAACCCCGCAGCCCACCAGCAGCAGCACCCCCCGAUGGCCUACCAACAGCAGCAGCAGCAACUGCUGCAACAGCUGCAGCAGCAGCACAAGUUCCAGGCCCAGGCGCAGCUCACCCGCGGCAACACCAGCCGCAACAACCUGGCCACUCUGGUGGCGGCCAUCAACGGGCACGAGAGCGGCCAGGGCUCCCCGGUCUCCGCCAGCGGCUACCAGUUGUCGCCGGCCGCUGCCUCCCGGGUGGCCCACGCCCCGCCCCACUCGCCCCUGGGCCCGCCCUCCUACUCCGCCGCCACCGCCCAGUCGGCCUUCUCGUACUACGGCCAGCAGCACCAGCUCCAGCUGAACCACCAGUACCAGCAGCAGCCGCAGCAGCAGCAACUGCCUCCGCCCGAUCUCACCGAUGGCAUCGAUCAUCCCUCUGCCCAGGCGGCCACGCCCCCCGACUCGCCCAAUCCCGCCCAGUCGGCCGGGCAGUCGGACCUGGAGCAGCAGCUGUGCGUGGUGGCCAAGAUGCAGAAGUCGGUGACCAUCACGGUCACCCCGCAGCGCAGCAACUCCAUGGACUUCCUGAACUUUGAGGAGAAGCGCCAGCUGAUCGCCUCCUCGCUCUCCUUGUCGGACAUCCUGCAGAGCAGCAACCAGCAGCAGGCCGCCAAGGACGCUCAGGCCCUCAAUGGAGGGCAGUGCGCCAAGAAACAGAAUGGAGCUGCAAUACGCACAAACAGCCUGGGCUCCGGCACCCGGACCCCGCCCCUGGAGCGCAAGAGCAAGCUCAGCGCCUUGGGGAGAUUCUUCAAGCCCUGGAAGUGGCGCCGGAAAAAGAAGAGUGAGAAGUUCGAAGCGGCCUCCAAAUCUUUGGAGAGAAAGAUAUCUGUGCGUGCCAAUCGAGACGAGUUAGUGCAGAAGGGAAUUCUACUGCCAGAGAGCCCCUUGGGCAAUAUUCCAGAACCAGGCGAGGAGUCGUAUUACAACAGCAGCAAUAGUGGUGCCACCGCCAAUGGCUCCAUUCUAAGCUCAGCCGUCCACAAUAAUUCCAUUAGCCAAGCCAACAAUUCCAUAAACGCCACCACCUACGGCUCGGCCGGCAAUCCGCUCAUCUCCGCCAGCACCGCCCAGAACCAGAACCAGGGCCAGGGCCAGCAGCAGCAGCAGCAGGGACUGCCCAACUCGAUCUCCGUGCAGCAGUUCAAUGGCCAGAACCAGCAGAAUUCCAUGGCCAAUGGCCAGUGCCUGGUGGGCGGCGGGGGCGGUGGCGACGGCGCCUCGGACACGUCCUCGCUGAGCGGUGGUGUGCCCCACUCGCAGUCGGCGCCCCAGCAGCUGGGCGUGGGCCAGCCCCCGCUCACCCCCCUGGCCCAGCACCAUCAGGCCCUGGCCCAGCAGCUGCAGCAGCGAUUUGCCAUCAGCAACAAUAACGAACCAAGAAAAGACAAGACUGAUGCACAACAACAACAGCAACAACAUGGCGGCAAUGGCACAAUAUCGAUGCCCAACAUCGAGCAGCCCACCUGCCAGGGCUCGAUGCUGCCGCCUCCCGGCGGCGGCGGGCUGCACCAGGUCGACGGCAAGCUGGAGAGGCCCAACACGCUGGGCGGCGCCAGCAAGCUGACCCGUCGCGGCGUCAACAUCUGCUACCACAACGAGCACAUGUAUGGCGAAGAUGGAAAAAUGGUGGGUGGCCCGCCGGGCAGCACUCCGCCCCCGUACCCCGGAGGGAAGCUGCCCCCGGGGGUGAUGCUCAGCGAGCUGCCGGAGCCCCCGAUACCGCUCUCGGAGAUCGGACCGAUCCCACCGCCGCCGAUGUUCUCCACGCCGAGCCCCACGCUCAUCGCAGGACGACCGCACGGGCCAGGCGCCGUCAACGAUCAGGACUACCAGCAGGACUACGACUACGAUGAUCACGAUCCCGAUCAGGACGAGCUCGACUCUGACGACGAGUACGCCCCUUACGGGGGCAACCACGUGCGCAUGAUGGACACGCAGCGCGUUGAGGAAAUUCCAGCCAAAGAGCCCAAACCAAAUGCAGUUCCUCUCAAGUCGGCGCUGAAGAAGAAGGGCGGCAUCAUGCCCGCCUCGGCCUCCACGCCGGUCACGCCCACCCAGGAGCACUCGGGCGGAACUGCCGCCGGAAGUGCGGCCAGCGCGGCGGCCAUUUCCAACAGCAAUGGCGGCAUCGGCUCGAUGGCGGCAGCUGCAGCAGCAGCGGCCCAGCAGUCGGCCAGCCAGCGUCCGUUGGUGGUGCGGCAGGAUGCGGCAGGCAACAACUAUUCGCUCAAGCCAAUACUACGACCACGGAUUAGAUUAUGCAGGCAGCAAAUGUUCAACAUCCAAUUGCCGUGCACGGUGGAGAACAAGGAGAACACGCGGCCAUUUGUGAUACGGGAGAGCAGCAGCGACAGCGACGAGAGCGACGGACACAUCGUCUACCGGGACGACGACAACGACAACACCCGGCUGGCCAAGCUGGCCAGGAAGGAGUCCCUCUCCCUGAAGCUCCAGCUGCGCCCGGACAAGCAGGACCUCAUCAACCGCAACAUCCUGCACCAGGUCACCGACAACGAGCUCAAGGAGUCCAAGGAGGCGAUCGGGGCGCGACUCAUCCGUCGCCUGUCGAUGCGUCCCACGGCCGAGGAACUGGUCGAGCGCAAUAUUUUGAAAACUCAAUCACCCGCCGAGGAGAAAAAGCAGAAGGAGGAGAAAAAAUCGUAUCUGCUGCGCAAGCUCAGUUUUCGGCCCACCGUCGAGGAGCUGAAGGAGAAGAAGAUCAUCCGGUUCAACGACUACAUCGAGGUGACGCAGGCCCACGACUACGAUCGGCGGGCGGACAAGCCCUGGACAAGACUGACGCCGAAGGACAAGGCCGCCAUUCGCAAGGAGCUGAACGAGUUCAAGUCCUCCGAGAUGGCCGUCCACGAAGGCAGUCGUCAUCUAACGAGAUUCCAUAGGCCAUGACGAUUGCAAUGGCAGCAACUUUCCGGCAAAUUACAGCAGCAGCCCAAGCAGCAAUUGUAUUUUAUGCAGCACCAGAUUGUCAGCAAAUGUUUAAAAGCAAAAAAUUAAAAA